AUGCUGGCACCGCUGGUGCCCGCCAUGCCCUUCAGCGACACCGACCUUGUACUUGUCUUUGGGCACUGGAGCAAGGUUCCAGACCGAAACUACGACGGCGACCUCUUUCCGGUUGAGCACCUGCGCUUCACGCACGACAAGAUCCGGCCCGUGUUCGGGGCACAUGCCCACGCAGGCAGCCCCCUGUACGGGCUCGUGAACGACCUGUGCGCAGGCCGCGUGCUCCCGGCCGAGUCGCUGCCGCCGCUGGAGGUGUACUGGCACAGGGGCGCGUGGCGGUCCCUGUCGAAUCGGCGCCUCUGGGCGCUCAAGGCGUUCAUGGGGCUCACGGGGACGGCGCACCUGAUGGUGCGCGUGCGGAGGUCCACCGUGUCGCCCGCCACCUUCGCGGCGAAGAACUCCACGGAGAGCGACGGCCAGGUGGUGGAGGUGACGGGCAACGAAGCGGCGCUGCAGGAGUCCUACGGGAGAUGCGUGGGCCCGGGCGGCAUGCCGGCCCAGAGGAGGCCCUGCGCACCAGUCCUGGAGGCCCAGAGGGGGGCCCUCUGGAUCAAGGGCCCCGUGUGGGCCUGGAAGCGCGAGGUCCACACCUCAGACCGGCCCCUCGCCGGAGAGGCCUCUGGCGCGCGGCUUGCGGAGAGCGCCGGGAGGGCCCGUCUCGUGAAUGCCGAGCGGUGGUGGCGCGCCUCUGCCGGCCUCCUUGCAUCGGGGUCGUGCGCCCACGGCGAGCACUGCAUGUUCGUGCACGACGCGGCCUUCGCGAGCGACGCGGAGCUCGCCACGGCUGCUCUCGGCAGGGCCGGCGGGGCGCCGCUCGGGCCUCCCUCCUCCGCCUCGACGCGCAUCCCGACGAGGGCCACCGCGCUCGCCCGCGCCGCGCUGAGGGGCUGGCGCCUGCUCGCGGGCCGCGCGGCGCGCGCGGGCUCCGCCCCCGAGGGCGAGGGGCACCUCGGGGGCAGCCUACACCGCUGGAAGUGCGAGCCGUGUAACCACGACGUCUGCUUCAGCUGCCACCCUCCACCUGGGCCGCUCCGAGUGGAGCACACGUCAGGGUGCACAGUCAGCGUAGCAGAGGCAAUCUCGGGUACCCACGAGGAUUCUCCAGAGUAUGAUUACUGCCUGCCGAAGGGGUCGCUCGGUGUCGUGAGGAGAGUCGACGACGCUGGCGACAUCCUCGUCUGUUGGCAUGAGCUGGGCGACAGGUGGGUGCUGAAGGAGGACGGCAGCAAGCUGCACAUCGACCCCACUGGCGGCACCGGCGCGCCGCUGCCAGCCGGGUGGGCGGCCCUGGGCGAGGCACAGCCUCAGGCUCUGGGCGACUCCGCGCCAGCGGAGCCUCGGGCAGCCCCGCCCGCGCCCGCGCCCAGGCCCCCGCCUCGGGACGCCCCCGCCGGCCCUGCGCGGGAGGCGGCGGAUGAUGCUGCGGCGCCUGCCGCCGAAAGCGGGCCACUGGGCGCGGAGGCCGCGGCGGCGGAGCCGCAGCCGGGCCCCGCCCCGGAGCGCCGCGCCCGCCGCUGGGAGCAGGGCGCCGCGGCGAGGCCCAGCGGCGGCGAGGCCAGGGGGCCGGGAGCAGCGAGCGGCGGCGGGGCGGGGGCAGCAGCGCAGGGGGAGGGCGCCGAGGCAGCCGCGGCGCCUGCCGGAGCCGAGGCGGCCGGGGAGCGCGGCGGCUCUGGAGGCGCGGGCGGCCAAGCUGUGCGCGACCCAGCCGCUGACGCGGCACGGGCUGCGCAGGCGGCGGCGAGCGAGGGCGUGGGAGCGGCGGCGGCGGCGGCGGAGGCCGCCACUCCGGCAGGGGCGGCGGGGGCAGUCGAGGAGGCCGAGAAGCAGGAGGAGCUCGACAGGAUCGAGCGGGAACGGCUGAGGGGCUCCAGGUGGGGAGUCCCUGGCGGCGGCCUCAGGGCUGCCCAGGAGGCCGCGGAGAAGAGGGAGGCACGGCUGGCCGAUGAGGCCCGCGGGGCCGCGGACGGGGCCCGCGGGAGGGCGGAGGAGGAGGAGGGUACGGCCGAGGAGGCCAGGCUGGUCAGCGAGGGCGGGGCCAGCGGGAAGAGGGCCUCCGAGGCCGCGGGGGGGUGCAGGCUCGCCGAGGGGGCGCGGGCGGCGAGAGAGGCAGGGACGGCGCCAGGAGCGGCGGAGGCGGCGGGGCCCGCGAAGGAGGCGGCGGCGGGGGCGAGACGCCAGGAGGAGGUGGAGGCAGCAGCGGCGGCGGAUGCACUGGAGGCGGCGGGGGCGGCGAGGGUCGACAAGGCAGCGCUGGACGAGGCCGAGGAGGAGGAGGAGGAGGAGGAGGUGGAAGAGGCUCCGGAGGCCGAGGCGACGGGGGCCGCCGAGGCGGCACUGGCCGCGGAGGCGACGGGGCGCGAGGCCAGAAGCAGGGCGGAGAGGAAGGUGAAGAAGAAGGCCGACCUGAGGGCGAGGAGGGAGGCCGAGCAGCGCAGAGCGCGCGAGGAGCAGGAGCAGCGAUCGCGGGCCGAGGCCGAGCGCAGGGAGCGAGAGGCCGCCGAGCGGCUGGCCGAGCAGGCGGCGAGGCUCGAGGCCAGCGAGAAGGCGGAGAGGAAGGCGAAGAAGAAGGCGGACCUCAAGGCCAAGAAGGAGGCCGAGCAGCGCGCGAAGAGGGAGGCGGAGCGCAGGGCGCGCGAGGAGCAGGAGCAGCGGUCGAGGGCCGAGGCCGAGCGCAGGGCGCGGGAGGCCGCCGAGCGGCUGGCCGAGCAGGCGGCGAGGAGGGCGGAGCAGGCCGCCAAGAGGGCGGAGCGGGCGAGCCAGAGCCAGGCGGCGCCCGCGGUGGAGCCGCCGCCCGCCCCCGGGCCAGGAGGCCAGGAGCCUCUGGCUGGCAGCCGGGAUGCGCCGCGGGGCGGCGCCGGCCUCGGGACGCCCUGCAGGCUGUGCGAGCGGCAGGCCUACGGCGCCGAGUUGGCAAGGACGCUGCGCGUGUGCAAGGGGCACUUCAGGGAGCUGCAGGGUGCGGAGCAGCACCUCGUGGGUCGCGCCGCGGAGUUGCCGAAGUACUGCUGCCAUGGCUCCAAGACCUUCAGCUUGUUGCACGUGCUCGCGUACAGCAGCGUGAGGGCACGGCGGAGCGCCGACGUCAGCCAGUGGAUGCAGCAGGUUCCUUUCUUGAGGGCCCUCAUCAGGCUGCUCCUGCUGCGCGGCGCAGACCCCUUGGCCAAGAAUGCCUUAGAGGCCACCCCGUUAGACUCGAUGGUAUCGGUGGUUAGUGUGGCUCCUCACGUCGUAAUUGCUUUCCUCGAGGAGAUUUGCGAGCAGGAUCAGACCAAAGCGAUACAUGUGGCAAAGAAUUUCGCUGAACUGGUGAAGGGGUCGUGGAGCGCAAAAAUCUUAGAGCUGUUCCGCAAAGUGCAACGGCUGGACAACAUCAACUCCGUCGUCGGCCAGCGCUUGGGGGAGAACGUCCCCCAGAUCCAGGCGUUCCUGCGGAUCUAUUCCCCUUGGUGGCCGCAGGACAGUUGCGAACGGUCAGCCAGUUUGGAAGCAUGA